GUUCCCGUUUAAUCGGUCACGUAUAAAAUUGUGGGCAGUGUUUAGGUUGUUUAUAGGCCGUCCGAAAAAGAUUUAUGAUCGAUGAGAUUUCGUCAGAACGAAUUUCAUUAUAUAUUAUGAAAAUGGAACAACAUCAUGACGUAUUUGUCAAAAAGGUAGAGAACAGAUUGAGCAUGUUGAAAAUGAGCGUCGUAUUGUUGUCAAUGAUCCCAUUGCUAUUCGUCAAUUGUUAUGGCGGAGAAAUGAUUUAUAGUGCAAGCUUAAGCGUUAACAGGGCUAUCGAUGCCAAUUGUUGGAAACCUGGUAAUAUUAAAGUAACCAAAGAUGGUGCUUUCGUCGUACAUAGGGCACAAAAACCAAUUCAAAUGGCUGUUGGUACAUUUGCCAUUAUCAAUCUCAAAUUCUUUUGCGAUUCCAUUUAUAAUGCAAUUAGUUAUGCUAUGAUAUUGAAAACUAUAAGUUAAUGUCGCCAGAUAAAUUUUCUUUUUUGUGCUUUAUC